UUAAAAAAAAUCCAGUGUCCUAAAAGGGAAAAAUGGAAGGGCGAAGUUCGGAGUUCUCGGAACACAGAGAUACUCUGUGAGAGAUGGCAAACUUCCGGUUGGUUAUUACGGUGAUUCUUGUGGUACCUUAAAAACAACGCCAGCUGUACAGUUUGUGGCACGAACUUUCGUGGGUUGUUAAACGUUGAACGGUAGCUCCGAUUCCCUCGGGGCUAUUCUGCCCCCCCACCCCGAGUAUGGCUGUGGAAAAUCACCUUCUCCCGUUUGCGUGGGAGAGCGGGAACGCCUUCGAAAACCGGACCGGAAGUUUCGAACCAGUUAAAAGUUCAAGCAUCUCGAAUAAUCUGGAUCGUUGAAAGCGCACCUCCGGCCCGGAUCCAAGGUGGAGGUUUUCAUGAGAUGCAGCUAAAAGCAGCCGGCGUGGGCACCGGAAAAUCCAGAGGAGCUGGAAGAUAUGUGAAAUGAUCAAGGUGAGGCUUACCCUCCAGUGAAUUUCCAUGGCUGAGUACAAAUUAGAACUCAAGUCUCCUGAAUCUCCAGAUAAAUUGAAGAGAUCAACAUGGUUGAAAAUUCACCAGCCCCAUUGCCUGAAAGAGCCAUAUAUGGCUUUGUUCUUUACUUAGGUUCCCAGUUUCUUUUCAUCCUGUACCUUGUGUGGGCCUAUAUACCAGAAUCCUGGCUAUUUUCACUGGGGUUGACAUACUGGCCUCAAAAAUUCUGGGCUGUUGCUUUGCCUGUGUAUCUUUUAGUAAGUAUAGGAAUAGGCUAUGUGCUUCUCUUCGGUAUUAACAUGAUCAGUACUGCUCCAUUAAAUUCUACACAAACCAUUACAGACCACUAUGCAAAAAAUCAGAAACAGAAGAAACCAGAGGAAGAGGCUGUUCCUGCAUUGAGAGACAUUCCUAUCAGUGAAGUAAACAAAAUGUUUUUCCUGAAUAGCACAAAGGAUUAUCAUAGAAACUGAUGGAAGAAAGCACAUAUCUCUAAAAUACAUUAAUAUAUGGGACAGGGCUCUAUAUUCUUGAAUUUGAAACUGUCACAAUAAAGUGCUAAAACCCUUGACUUCAGUCAGAUUACUAUGACUAAUCAUGAUAUUUGUUAGUUACACCCUAUCUGUUGGAUUCCAAAUGGUUCAUAUCUCUAUAUAUUGGGGGUAAUAUUCUGCCAAGGGGAGCCUGCUGUACUUCUGUAGUUCUCCUGUGUGAUUAUGAAUCCUGACAAUGAGAUGAAAUAACCAAUUAGGGCUUCUUCUUUUUGUAUACAUGGAGGCAGGAUAUGCAGAAUAAACUGAGGAUUAAUGGUAUCUAGUCAAAUGCACUAUCCAGUCUUUGAAAGAUGUGGUAAAUCACUUCAAAUAAAACUAUUGGAAUGACAACAUG